AUGCCUGGAAUGACAAAAGCUGAGUUUCAAAAUUGCCAAAAUUGCGGCAGUGCAUAUUGGGUACAUGGUGAUAUAUCAUUUGUAAUGGCAUCUAAACUAUUUGCCGUGCUGAUUUUUGGCAUACUCACGGGCAUGGCAGAUCCAAAACUCCAGUUCUCCUACAUCGUCGAGCAGUUGCGCAAGCACAAACUCACGUAUAUCCCUGUCGUAAAACCACAGACUUCUGAACACAACAGCUAUUUCCUCCAGGAUAUCUGGAAUGGGCGUGAGGGAAGCAUGUUCAUCAGCAUCAAUGGGCAUAACUGCAAAGUGCUAUUGAGACGAUAG